AUGACUGUUUACUUUACGGUGAAGAAUGAAUAUGCCAGACAAUUAUUGAAAAACGUCUGGUCCAUUGAUAUAGAAAACUAUAUAUAUCGUCUUGGCCCCGUGCAUUUUAAAACUAGUGAUUUUGAUGAUAGAAAGAAACAUAUAGGAGAAUUCAUUGGCUUUAGCGAUGAACAUACAGCAGCAAAGGCGAUGGAAAUGACAUCUCCAUUCAAUCCGAAGAGUACCUUCAAACAAAGCCUGGACAAGAUAAUCGUCAAAUUCCAAAAUGAGGCAGAUCUCUUUAAUGCUUGUGAGAAACGAUACCACUUCAAUGAUUUUAGUGUUAAAGGUUACCCAAUUGGUUAUAAUUGGCCACAAAGAGAUCAAGCCAUCAGCAAACUUAAAAAAGCACAAAACGUUAAUAUUCAUCAUCAGACAUGUAAUCAAUCAACAUCAGAUGUUGCCAAUGUGCACAACAUUAACACGACCCGUUGCUUCAGUGACAACGAUAAAACGAAUAACGUGGCCAACAAACAACACAAGUUCAUAGAAUAUCAGGGAAAUAAUUCGCAAUGGAAAAUAUACAGGAGAGAUACUAGCGCAAAUAAAUCUCGCAGAAACCAGAAAGAGUUUAGUCACUUACCAUCGUGCGCUAAUAGCUCUAAUAGCAUACCUCUUGGAGUCAAUUCAAGGAGGAGAUUAAAUAACAACAAGAACAACUCAAUUAGUACGAGUAAAACACCCUUCGACACAUCAAGUACGCAUAGUAAUACACCCAUCAAUAUCAAUCGCCAAGGGGAUUGGGAUGAGGUGAUGAGUCUCUGCUAA